AGAAGAGUGAUUUCAACAUGGCGGACGAAGAGCAACUCUAAACGACAGCAAACGUUUGGAAAUAAUUACAAUGUGUGGCAUUUGCUGUUGCCUCUUCUUGGAUAAUCACAGCUCUAGGAAUCGUUACAAGGUUAUUUCAGAUUCAAUCCUUCCACAUCUUCAAAGGAGAGGUCCAGAUCAUGCGGGAAAAACAGACUGUUCCAUAACAAAUGACACUGGAACAAUCUGCUUGAGAUUUGCUGCUACUGUACUUCAUUUGAGAGGAACAAAGACACCCCAACCUUUAGAGGAUGAAUCUGGGAAUGUUCUGUUGUGGAAUGGAGAAAUAUUUGGUGGACUAGAGGUAAAGGAAGAUGCCAAUGAUACUCUUGUUUUGCUGGACAAGUUGUCUAACCAUCCAGCAGAUAUUCCUCCUUCUCAACACAUUCUGUCUACAAUGGCAAAGAUACAAGGUCCCUGGGCAUUUAUUUACUGGCAGGUAAGCAAGCAGAAGCUAUGGUUUGGCAGAGAUUAUUUUGGACGUCGCAGUCUCUUGUGGCAUCUUCCUUCAAAUCCAUAUGAUGUACUUGCAAUAACCUCUGUGACUGAGAGAAACUCUGUGGCUGCUGGAACAGAUUUGUGUUUUGAAGAAAUUCCAGCCGAUGGCCUGUUUUGUUUGGAUUUUGUGAGUUCUACAACCGAAGAAGACGAGAAACAAUAUUUCAGGAUAAACAAGUAUGAAUGGACGAAUCCUGGCGAGGAAUUAGAAAGGGAAGGGCUUCUAAAUUGUCCUGUUUCGCCUUUCAACAAACAAAUGCCCACUGAACAAGACUUGAGAAUCAUUGAAGAAAAUAGACGGAAGAUAAAUUCGCGUUUGAUUAUACAAGAUGAAGUUAAAAAAGAACUGGAAGAACUGUCCAUGAAGGAGAGCAAAGGAACGAUUAAGGGAGAAAAUUAUGUAGAAAAUGUUAACGAAGAACUUACUGAAGCUAUCUCGCGUCUUGACAAUGUGGAAACAAAAAACAAAACUGAAGGAAUUACAAUUGAACCAGGAGCCUCGAACGUGAAGUGUGAUCACGAAAUAACCGUGCGUGAAAAGUGUGUGCGUGACUGUACUCACGGUAUGAACGCGAACGUUACUUCGUCAAAUGGAACUUUAUCAGAUUCCUCUAUAGGAGGUUAUAGAAAUAAUUCUUCGGAGAGUCCAUGUAAAUUCGAUCCCAGUCAUUAUCCGGUUGGCUUUGGCUAUACGGAAAACGAGGAAAAAUUGUUUUCUGGAAAGUACUCCAAAGACGAUACUAAAACUGAUAUAAACGAAGAAGGCACAAAGCUGUCUUCCAAUCUGACAAUCACCGAAGAAUGCCGUCACUGCAAUUUUUUACGAACUCGAAGCGAGUGUGAUUCCUGUUUUAAAAAAACAAGAGACAAAUUUAUUGCAGUUCUUGGUAAUGCUGUGAGGAAAAGAGUUUGGAAUCUGCCGAGAAAUUCAAGAGACAGGCAUUUAGUGGCUUCUGUUUCUUUAUCUGGGAGAAUUGCGGAAGCAAGGAGUUUGGAAACUACAGAAAUGCAAGAUGCCCGUGUUGGAAUAUUGUUUUCGGGUGGAAUUGAUUCAAUGAUGCUAGCAGCUUUGGCGGAUAGGUAUGUGCCUGUUGAAGAAGCCAUAGACCUUUUAAACGUCGCAUUUGAGCAAAAAAUUAAUUCAAGCCAGCCUCAGAACAAGAAUGCCAAAAAAGGAAAGGAUACAAGAAAGAAAGCAACGGAAGUGAAAUGCUCCAGAAAUUUCAGCGUGCCAGACAGAAUUACUGGAAUAUCGGGUUUGGAGGAAUUGGGCCUGAUCAACCCGUCAAGACAAUGGAAUUUUAUUGAGGUUGAUGUGACCCUUGAAGAACUGCAAGAAAUGAGGUCACGCCACAUUAGCCAUGUGGUGUCCCCCCUGAACACCGUAUUGGAUGACAGCAUUGGCUGUGCAUUGUGGUUUGCUGCCCGAGGGGUUGGUCGUCUGCGACCCUCCUCAGGGAACAGUAACCUCAACCAAGAAAAUGAGGCAAAUUUUGAAGAUAGGACAUAUUCAAGCCAAGCUAAGGUUCUUUUGGUUGGUAUGGGAGCAGAUGAACAACUAGGAGGAUAUGCCAGGCACAGAACGCGCUUCAAUGUAGAAGGCUGGCCAGGUCUAACGGAUGAGAUGGAAAUGGAGGUGAAGCGGAUAUCUAAGCGAAACCUUGGGCGAGAUGACAGGUGUAUCUCAGAUCACGGUCGAGAAGCGCGGUUUCCAUUUCUGGACGAAGAUGUAGUCUCAUUCCUGAAUAGUUUACCAGUGUGGUUCAAGACAGAUCCAGGUCUGCCUAGAGGGACUGGGGAGAAACAGCUGCUGCGCCAAGCAGCAAGGUUACUUGGCUUGACGUCAUCAUCAGAGUUACCCAAGCGUGCGAUUCAGUUCGGUUCCCGUAUUGCCAAACUGGAGAGCAGUGGAGAGAAAGGAUCGGAGGCCUGCUCUAGGCUUGAGUCCUAAAUGGCCUGUCAAGUAAGCCAAACUAGCAGUGAUCUGAUAUGUGAGGCUCAACACUGGUUUUGGAUCGUUUGCGAAUAACCAUGUCUAAAAGAGUAGCGUUAGUACAGGUACGGGUAUCCCACAAGAGCUUCAAACUUCACAUAAACCAAGUGUCCCGUCGAACCGGAGCUUCUUUUGGUAAUGGGAGCAUGAAUUGGCAGUAGUAUAUUGGUUCUCCUGCUGGAUAGGAUGUCUGUACAUCACAGUUUAACCCCCAGUCUCCCAACGUUUCUUCAACUCUCCCAGACAGUUCGCCGGUACACGUUCACACUGUCACUCCUAGUUGGAGAGAGGCACAAGACCUAUCAACCUCUAAUCUGGAACUAUCGAACUGGAUUCUAUUGGAUGAUUUGGUAAUAAAAGUAAAUCUUACAUCGUCAUCCGUACCAUGGACCAAAAAACUUGCCUGGCUUCGACAGGUCAAAUGGAACAACAGACAUGUUCACAACGAGACACAUCUUAAGUCUACAGUCGUGGCCCUCUCGAGCCGGAUUUUCUCGCUCGGGUUUAUCUUCUUGACUGGGUGAUCGGUUCGUAUACUCCUUUUGCUAGAUCAAGUACCAAACAAAAGGCAUACUUUUCUGCUAACUUUCUGUCGACUCGAACGAAUUUUGCUGAGAACGGAACAGUUUUUGGUUUCGUUAAUGUGAUGAAAAAUAAAUCUUCUUAAACUGGCGGCACUUGAGUUGAUAAUCAAACACAACUGCUGUCUCUUCGUCGCAACUAACGCAUUCAAUGAUCAUAAUAAA